CAACCCACCGCACCUGGCACGCUCCCUAGCCAGGCUUAUACACCCGGCACCAACCCUGCGAACCUUUCCGGGCUGGUCUGCAAUGUCCAUCGCACGACAGGAAAGGAGCCACACCCUCUCGUCGGUGCGACGACGACUGUUCUCGGCGACAAGCUUUACGUCUUUGGAGGCCGCCGACUAUCUCGCACGAAACCACAAUUGACGUCGAAUCUCUACGAGCUAGACUUGAUCCGACGGCAUUGGACAAAAUUGAGUCCCAAGGGCGACGUACCCUCACCACGAUACUUUCACAGCAUGUGUGCUUUGGGAGAUACGAAACUCGUCUGCUACGGAGGCAUGUCUCCAGCUCCGGUAUCCGAGAGCAAUUCGGAAAGUCAACCCGAGGUGGCUGUCAUGUCUGACGUGCACAUCUACGACGUUCUCACACACACAUGGACCAAGAUCAACACUCCAGAUCCGCCUCAAGGACGAUACGCUCACUGCGCGGCGAUUCUCCCUUCAUCGGCCGUCUUUGCUUCGCCCAACGCGCCCAUGUCGGCGGUCCAUCACAACCCUGCCGGCGAGAACCCAAACCAGGGCUCUCUUGGUGUCGCAAUAGAUGGUACUGGUGGAGCCGAGAUGGUCGUAGUGGGCGGACAAGACAGCGCGAACCACUACAUUGAGCAAGUCAGCGUGUUCAACUUGAGGUCUCUCAAGUGGACUGGCACGACAGGCAUGGGUCGAAGUUGUGGUGCUUACCGAAGUGUGGUCACGCCUCUCACCGGCAUGACUGCCUCUCAAAUUGGUGCUGGCCCGCACGCCCGCAAUGAGCUCGAGGAGGAUGAUGAAGAGCCUGGUGCUUCGAUUGGAUCCGGCGCGCCCAUGCUGAUCUACUCAAAUUACAACUUCUUGGAUGUCAAGCUGGAGCUGCAAGUCCGUCUGACUGAUGGAACGUUGACGGAAAAGCCGAUGCAGACUGCUGUGUCACCGCCUGGCCUUCGAUUUCCCAACGGUGGUGUCAUCGACAACCAUUUCGUCGUUUCGGGCACUUUCUUGACCUCCUCGAAGCAGGAGUACGCGCUCUGGGCACUGGAUCUAAGAACACUCACAUGGUCUCGUAUCGAUGCUGGAGGUAGCAUCUUCAGCCAAGGGAGUUGGAAUCGUGGUGUGCUGUGGAGUCGUCGCAACUCGUUCGUCGUUCUCGGCAACCGCAAGCGGAGCCUUGUCGAUGACUACAACAACCGCCGCAUCAAUUUCUCCAACAUCUGCGUCGUCGAAUUGGAAGCAUUCGGACUUUACGACAACCCCAACAUCGCCGAGCCCACAUCAAACUUCAUCUCCGCUUCCGCCCUCAUCCAACCUCCCACUCCCGACAUCAGCUUCAGCCGGCUUCUCUCCUCCGCCGCAGAAGACAUUGGCGCACUCGCUCUCAACACCCGCGAGCUCGCCGACAUGGACUUUCUCGCCAUCGACGGCACCCGCGUGCCUGUCAACUCUCGCCUCAUCUCUCGCCGUUGGGGUCCCCACUUCAUCUCCCUACUCCGAGAAUCUCUCGCGACCUCCGAAACCGACACGGCGACCCUACGACCCAACGUCGCGAAUCACCCUUCCCGCAAUUCCAGCAUCACCAUCACUCCAUCCAUCACCUCCUCCAACGCCACAACUCUCACCGCCAACUCCACCGUCACAAGUACCGACCUCCUGGACACCCGCUCCGCCCCACCCACCACCCGUCCUCGUCUCCUCUACCUCCCACACACCGCUCCGACCCUCCACGCCCUCCUCCAUUACCUCUACACCCUCACACUUCCAGCAUCUCCUCAUCCUCUCGCCACACCUCAGAUAUUCUGCUCCCUCCUCCAGCUCGCCCGCCCCUACAAAAUCUCCGGCCUCCUCGAAGCCGUCGUCGAACGCCUGCACUCCUCCCUCGACGGCCGCAACGCCGCAGCCAUCUUCAACGCCGCAGCGAUGGGUGCGGGAGGCGGAGAUAGCGUGCACUUCGCCACGAGUCGCGCUACGAUACGGGAGAGCGACAUUCCAAUCAGGACUGCAAGUCUGGGCGGCAUGGAUGGCUUGAUGACGAAUGGCGUUAGCGGGACAGAUCCGCGGGCAGGUAGGGAUGGGCUGAGAGUCAAUACGGAAAUGGCGAAUGGCCGCUCGGCGAGGACUACGCCUCGUCCUGGGCAGACUGGUCUCGCGAGCGAUACGGAGGACGACGAUACAGAGGAACCGACGAGUGCGGUCAGUGCUAGCAGUGCAGGGGAAGGUGAGGAUGGGCUUCCGGCGGACGGUCUGAGUGCUUCGAGUAGUUUCAGUCGUGGAUUGGACACCGAUGCGGCGGCGAGGAUGGAGGUGUGGAGUGGUGCGUGCAGUUCGGUGGUGGGACUGCAGAAGCGAGGAUUGAGAGGGCUGAUGGAGGGGAGGAGAAUGAGGGAACGG